AUCUCCUGUUGGAGCGGGAGCAGGAGUCGGAGUACAUCCUUUUCUCUCCACCCUCUCUGGAGCCAUGUGGCACCCUAUGGCAUCACCCUCAUUUGGAAUCCCCAGCAGGGAGCUGGGUUAUAGCCACUGCGAAUAACGCAGGACCGCAACACUCUGACUGCCAGGCUCCCCAAAGUAAAGACCAUGGAUCAGGGAGGGGAAUUUAUUCAGACAGACGACUCCCCCUGGCCAAUGAGUACGCCCCACUCCCACGACCCUCCAAUGGGCGGCUUGGUGGGACACCCCUCCGUCAUCAGCACCUCCAGGCCCCUCCCAUCCCCCAUGAGAACUUUGCGCUCGCCCAUGAAUGGCCUGGCCAUUCAUGGCUCGCUGCCCUGCACACCAGGAAUUAACUUCGGAUCUCUCCACAGUCCACAGAUGAGAGAGAUGAACAGCAUGAACAGUGUCAGUAUUUCAGAGGACAUCAAGCCUCCUACAGGUCUCCAAAAUCUGGGGAACAUCAACUACAAUUGCACCAGCCCUGGAGGCAUGUCCAAACACAUCUGUGCCAUUUGUGGAGACCGAUCCUCAGGGAAGCACUAUGGUGUGUACAGUUGUGAAGGCUGCAAAGGCUUCUUUAAGAGAACCAUCCGGAAAGACCUCUCCUAUAUGUGUCGAGACAGCAAGGAUUGCCUGAUAGACAAACGACAGCGCAACCGCUGUCAGUACUGCCGCUACCAGAAGUGCCUAGCCAUGGGCAUGAAGAGAGAAGGUGUGUCGGUGCAGGAGGAGAGGCAGCGGGGGAAGGAGCAGGGGGAGAAGGAGGUGGAGUCCACCAGUAGUUUUAAUGAGGAGAUGACCGUCAAUAAGAUUCUGGACGCAGAGCUUGCCGUGGAGCCCAAGACAGAGACAUAUGCAGAUGAAAGCCCCGGCAACUCGACGAACGACCCGGUCACCAACAUCUGCCAGGCAGCAGACAAACAGCUGUUCACCCUGGUGGAGUGGGCAAAGAGGAUCCCUCACUUCUCAGAGCUGCCCUUAGACAACCAGGUUAUUCUACUACGGGCAGGCUGGAAUGAGCUACUCAUCGCGUCCUUCUCACACCGCUCUGUCACAGUGAAAGACGGCAUCCUAUUGGCCACAGGCCUCCACGUCCACAGAAGCAGUGCCCACAGUGCCGGAGUGGGCUCCAUCUUUGACAGAGUAUUGACAGAGUUGGUGUCUAAAAUGAAAGACAUGGAGAUGGACAAGACAGAGCUGGGCUGCCUUCGAGCCAUCGUCCUCUUCAAUCCAGAUGCAAAGGGGCUAUCCAAUCCACCAGAGGUGGACGGGCUCAGGGAGAAAGUCUACGCCUCGCUGGAGUCCUACACCAAAGCCAAGUACCCAGACCAGCCCGGCAGGUUUGCCAAACUGUUGCUGCGUCUCCCCGCCCUGCGCUCCAUAGGCCUGAAGUGUCUGGAGCACCUGUUCUUCUUCAAGCUGAUAGGAGACACUCCCAUAGACACCUUCCUCAUGGAGAUGCUUGAAGCGCCGCAUCAAAUCACAUGACACAAAUCCCCCUUCUCUCUGUAUUAGCCUAGGCAGGCGAUAGUGGGCGCUAGAGCUGCACUAUCAUCUAUUGAUGUGACCAGCUGGUAAUACACUUGUGUCCCCCUUGUACCGGCUCGUACAUAAAGCAUCCUCCAUUCAGGCUGCAAAGGCAUCAUUUUCCUCCUUAACUAGCAUUAAUGGCUGUCUGUCUGUCAAAAAAAAUAUAUAAGGAUAAAUAUGUGUACUGUCUUAAUAAAACACAAUUUUACACCACCAUUUUCCGAUUUUUGGACAACUUAGGAUGUUGCACACCUUUGGCUGAACGCGGUUGUGCAACAUCCUAAAUUGUCAGAAAAUGGUGGUGGAAAAUUGGGCACAUCAAAUUGGGCACGUCAAUCCUAGGCAAUAGUGCAGAUCUAGCGCCCAAUAUUGGCUGCCUAGGCUGUCUCUGUAUAUACUCCCACAAUGUAAUUGAUAUGAAGAUUAAACUUGAUUCAAGUUGUAAAACAGA